UCUCCAUCCCCCACCCUUCCCUUGCCAGGCGAAGAGUGAGAGGGAAGGGAGGGCGAGGGGCGGGGAUAGCCACUGGUAGGUUCAGCCAACAGGAAGCUACAGCAAGGGGAAGAAAACAGCCCGGGGCUCCCGCCACCCGUUUCUUCAGCCACCUGCACUGCCACCCCCUUUGCACCAUUUCCUCAUUCCGGCCAGCGAGGACUGCGCUGCAAAGUUGCAAGUUGCACGAACUUCCCUCUACAUUUAUUUACAGCCCCAGCAUGAGCUGCCUGGCCAGUCCCAUAUUCCAGAGCUCUAGUCACAGGACUGGCCAUUGCUCAUCCCGGAGCAGCUCUUCCACCCAGGUGCGCUGCAGACCACCAAAAUUUUGUCACGGACCACCGACGUUUAUACAAGAAACGAUGAUGGCUAUGCAGGAGAAAAUGUCAAAUAACCAUUCUGAAUUAAAAACAGACAUACAUGCACUGGACAAGAAGAUGAAUGAAAUUCAAGUCUCAAUAUUCAAUAAUGAGCAAAGGAUCCAGAAGGCGGAGCAAAGAAUUGAACAGAAUGAGAAAAAACUAGAUACGGUAGACCAGACGUUGACGAUGCAGAACAAGGAAUUAGAAGAUUCAUUAAUCCAACUGGAAAUGUACAGGGCUUCGUUUUACUUACGGUUCCAAAAUGUCAUAGAAGACAAAGAUGAAGAUCUGGGAGAAAAAAUGGCUGAACUGAUAGCGGAAGUGCUCCAACAGAGUAAGCAAGAAAUUAUUAGAGAAUUGGACGAUGAUUAUAGGGUACAAACAAAUUAUGCGAGGAGAAACAGGCUCCCCAGGGAGGUCCACGUGAGGUUUGCGAGAAAGAAAGUGAAAGACAUCUUGUAUAACAUGGCGAGAAGGGCAAAUUACGUAUAGAGGAAAAGAGGUGAUCAUAUUAAAGCAAGUGCCAAGAAGAGUGAGGGAGGUAAGAAAGGACUACAGAUUCCUAGCCAUGCAAUUGAAUAAAAGGAACAUACUUUUUAGAUGGCUCUUGCCAGAAGGGAUGUUAAUUACAUGGCAGGGGAGGAAAAUAAAAAUAGCCUGAGUUCAGCACAAGAUUUCCUCAACCAGCUAAGAGGGGCGGAAGAAGAAUAGAGCAGUAAAGAGGAAAUCGAGGCAAUUAACCUAGAAGAAGAAACUUCACAUAAACGAAAUAGUAAAGAAGAAAUCGCGGAGGAGAAGAAGAUAGAAGAAGAAGAAGCCAAAGGGAAAAAAACAAGACCAGUAAGAGCCGUAAGAACAAACAGGAACUAGGAACCAGACAAGGAAAUCAGGAAUGAAUAACCUAAAACUAAUAUCAAUAAACGUUAACGGAUUGAAUGAUUACAAAAAGAGGAAGUCAACACUCACAAAGUUAGCGAAACAAAAUGCAGACAUAAUCUGCUACAGGAAGUUCAUAUAAAAAAGGAUGAGGGCACUUGUCUAGAAUACACAAAAUACGGCAAAAUAUUUACUUCACUAGCAGAGAAAAAAAGGGGGGGUAGUAAUUUAUGUAAAAAAGGAAUAGAAGCUGAAUUAAAGUACAAUGAUACAAAGGGCAGAACUCUUAUGAUCGAGGUCACUAGAGGUAAUUCCAAAAUGCUAAUAGCGGGCAUCUAUGCUCCAAACAAAAAAUGGAGAAUACUUCCAAAAACUCCAUGAACAAUUAGGAAAAUUGGCACACAACGAAAUUUGCAUUAUAGGCGACUUCAAUGGCAUUGUAGAUCCGGACAAAGAUUAUAAAAGUAAUAA